CUUUAUUCUUGAUUCAAUUUAUUAUCGAUAAAUGUUAUUAUUAUUGUCGAUUUUUGUGAUUUUAUCGAACCGCAGUUUCACCAUAAUGUGUAAACAAUCAUCUCGAGAGUUAGAAAUUAUUUAAAAUUUUAAAUAUAUGUAAUAUCCACAGUUUUCUUUAUUUUUGUUUUCAAUAUGAAUGCAAAUGGAUUCGAACAAUGGGGUGGCUAUAUGGAAGCAAAAAUCACCAAGCUUGAGGAGCAAUUUUCCGCUUCGAGCAAUCCUUACCGGAAGUCCAACUUAUUUUCUGGAAUAUCCAUUUUUGUCAAUGGUCUAACUAAUCCUUCGGCUGAUGAGUUAAAACGUAUCAUGAUGGUCCAUGGUGGCACCUAUCAUCAUUACGAACGUUCGCAUACCACGUAUAUUAUAGCAUCCAAUUUGCCAGAUGUAAAAGUACGUAAUAUGAAUACUAGUAAAAUUAUAAGUCCACAAUGGGUGGUCGACUCGCUAAAAGAAAUGCGGUUGUUGGACUAUACCCGUUAUUUGUUGUAUACAAAUCAAAAAAUAUCACAGCCAAGCUUAGUUUUUAAGAAUAUUAAAAAGAAAGAUCGUGAAAGUGAUAUAUCAAUCAAGGAGAAUGUUGCCGACACACAGUGUAAAGACGCGGUUCAGCACGAUAUUACCACUUCGACGGAUGUUGACACAACCAACAGUAAAGAAAUGGCGCGUACUGCGGUAGAUCCAAAAUUUCUUUCAGAGUUUUAUAAUAAUUCACGAUUACAUCAUAUCGCUACACUUGGAGCUGGUUUUAAACAAUACGUAUCAGAUUUACGUGAACGACAUGGUACAAACGGUUUCCCGGCACGAAAAAAACUAAAGGAACAACUGAAGAGUAGUAUAGAAAUGAAAACUACGCCACCAACAUUGGUCAUGCACAUCGAUAUGGAUUGCUUCUUUGUGUCCGUUGGUCUCCGGAAACAUCCUGAAUUAAAGGGUCAACCAGUUGCGGUAACACAUUCAAAAGGUGGUGCCAGCGCAAACGAAGUGCCCGUUCACCCCGGCGCUGAUCGCAAAACUGAAAUGGAAUUGUUUGCAAAGCGUUUUGAGCAACAUUUACAUAAUAAUAUAUUAUCUGAAAAAGUACGUGGAGGUUUUGAGGCUAAAAUGUCGCUUUCCGAGAUUGCUUCAUGUAGCUAUGAAGCACGCGCCAAAGGUAUACGCAAUGGCAUGUUUGUCGGACAUGCUUUAAAUUUAUGUCCUGAGUUAAAGACCAUACCCUACGAUUUUGAAGGCUACCGUGAAGUAGCUUAUACCUUAUACGAUACUAUAGCACAGUACACGUUAAAUAUUGAGGCGGUUAGUUGUGAUGAAAUGUUUGUUGAUUUAUCGGAUGUAUUAGCCGAAAUGGAGGUGGAACCAAUGGAGUUUGUGCGUGCUGUGCGCGAAGAAAUGCGCACAAAAACGGGGUGUCCAUGUUCCGCUGGUGUGGGUGGAAAUAAAUUGCAAGCGCGUAUGGCAACAAAACGGGCCAAGCCAGAUGGUCAGUAUCUACUACUACCAGAAGUUGCUGAAGAGUAUAUGGCAGACAUUAAAAUCGAGGAAUUGCCCGGAGUAGGCAGUAGUACGGCUUAUACUUUGAAAAAUCAUAACUUAAUUACAUGUGGGGAUCUGCAGAAAAUUACGCUAUUAAAAUUACAAAUGCAUGUUGGCAAGAAAUUUGGUGAAACCCUCUAUCAGUUCUGUCGUGGUGUCGAUAACCGUCCGCUAACUUAUGGGCAAAUACGUAAAUCGGUUUCGGCAGAAGUUAAUUAUGGUAUACGUUUCAAAGAAUUCAGUGAAUUGGAGACUUUUCUGCGACAACUAUGCACUGAAGUACACACGCGUCUGACAGACAUAAAACGACGCACGAAAUGUGUUACCCUCAAGCUAAUGGUGCGCGCCAAAGAUGCACCACUCGAGGCUGCAAAAUUUAUGGGUCACGGCGUCUGUGAUCACGUAACAAAAUCAGUUUCACUGUCCGACUAUACAUGCGACGUAGAAGUGAUCACACGCACUGUGAUUGCUACGAUGAAGGCAUUAACAAUACCGCCGAAUGAGUUGCGCGGCAUAGGCAUACAGCUUUCGAAACUCAAUGAUCCUAACGAAGGCAAAGCACGAAAAGAUAAUGCAAUAAUGAAUAUGUUUAGCAAAGUGGUGGUAAAGAAAAAAGACCAAAUACCUCAACCGUCCGAUAGUAAUAGUGACAUUAGUACAAAAGAUAAUGCUAAAGCACCUAUAAUAUAUAAGUCAGCACCAAAUGAGCACAAAUCAGUAGAAAUCAGCAAAGAACUUGGAAAACGUACACGUAGUAAGACUACUAGUGCUGUCUCGGAGAAAAAGUCGAAAAAUGCAUCUGAUAUAUUGAGCUUGAUGCAAAACGUUAGAACAAAACAAUCAGCUUCAACUGCGCGUAACACUUUGAGUAUCGCCAAUUCCAUACCGCAAGAUAUCGAUCCAGAGGUUUUUGCAGCACUACCUGAGGACAUACGUAAUGAAAUUUUACAAGCUCAUGGUGAAGGAAUACAGAAGACAACGAAAUCGGAUAUGCCAACUCAACCGCCAGGCAAUUCAAAUUUAAGUAUACUAAACGAAAGUGAUUUUCAACCAUCAACAUCCAAGGCAGCUGCACUAAAAAAACAACGUAAAGAGCAGAAGAAAUUACAAAAGAAACAAGAAAAUCAACUUAAUGAAUAUAAUUCAACAAAGAUGCCUCAAAUCGAUCCGGAAUUUCUAGCAGCAUUACCGCAGGAGUUACGUAUGGAAGUUGAAAGAGAAUAUGGAAGUAUGAAAAGUGUAGGGUCACCUGAAAAAUGUGAGCCAUCCGAACUGAAGAAAAAAACCAGUAAACCACCAAAUAAUGCUGUUGAACAGCGCCAGAAAAUACAAAUAUCUGUGGACAAUAUUUUCAUGCAAACGAAUUGUAAAGAAUUGAUUUUAGCUUGGCUAAAGAGCGCAGACACACCAGAAGCCUAUGAUGUGGAUUUGAUUGCCAAGCAUGCCGAAGAAUUAGUCAGUGCUGAUGAAAUUGAUACACUAUACACGCCAUUAAUUUAUCUCUGCAGGUUAAUUAAUCACCAGAAGACUAGUGGCACGCCCAGUGAUUGCAUGUGGCAUAAAGCCUAUCUUGACAUAAUUAAACUGGUUCAAAAGGCAAUGGCAAAAGCUUAUAACGGCCGAAGUCUCUUUUUGGGCGCCAAACUAAAGUGUGAUAAAUGUGAAAAAUCGUAAAUUAUUUAUAAGACUCUUAAAAUCA